AUGGCCGGUACAAGGAGCCCAAAGAGUCCAAAGAGCCCUCAGAAGUCGGCCGGGUCUUCUCCAGCGGCCGCAAGCCCUGCACAUGUUGCCCCCGAAACUGAUGGUCUUAUUGUCGCCGAUGAUAGUCUUGCCUCUUCGACUACCAGUGUGAGCGGCUCGAUCUUGGACUACAGACUUGAGAAUGGCAGGACAUAUCAUCGUUACAAGGAUGGAAGGACCGCCCCUCCCAAUGAGAAGGGUGCCCAGGUGAAGCGCGCCCUGGAUGUGGGCACGGGAACUGGGCUAUGGGCCAUUGAGUUCGGUGAUGAGCACCCCGAAGCUGAAGUCAUUGGCGUAGAUCUCUCAGCAGUUCAAGUUGACUUUGUACCGCCGAAUGUCAGGUUUGAGAUCGAUGAUAUCGAAGAACCCUGGACCUUCUCAAAGCCGUUCGAUUAUAUCCACAGCCGCAUGAUGACAUCGAGCAUUGCGAACUGGAAAAGCUACCUCCAGAAGUGCUACGAUGGCCUAGAACCUGGUGGCUACCUUGAACUGGACGAAUUCGACAUCUUCCCAGAUUGCGACGACGAUACUUUCACAGGUGACCUCGCGAUAUCUAAAGCUCUCGGCCUCCUCGCAGAAGCCAUGGCCAAAAUCGGACGCGCCUUUCAGAGCGUCCCGGAAUUGAGACAGAUGAUGGUCGACGUAGGGUUCGAGGAUGUCCACUUCAAGCAGUACAAGUGGCCGAUCAAUACCUGGCCUAAAGAUCCCAAGUACAAAGAGCUAGGCAUGUGGGAGAACGAGAACCUCAACAUGGGAUUUGAAGGCUUUCUUAUGGGGCCACUGACGAGAAUUCUUGAUUGGAGCCCGGCAGAAGUCCAGGUGCUCCUGAUCGACGUGCGCCAAAAUCUUAAUAACCGGAAUGUUCAUGCAUACUGGCCUGUGUACUCACUUUGGGGCCGGAAGCCGACGGAAGAGGUUUCCAACUAA